AAAGUAAAUCUAAUUUUCUUUGUAUUAUUACACUGCUUCAUUUAGAUUUGUGAUAAUUUUUCGUUUGUGUUAACGCCGUACGAUUCAACGAAACAUACUGGAAAUACAAAACCGACAUUUAUUUUGAGACAUGGCUGUUUUUGAAAACUGUUCUGUGCUGUUGGAACUGAAAAAUUUGCCUUUCAAAGAAAAGAAAAAUGUGAGGCUGGCAGUGACCGAGAAUGGAGGGAGUCUUUCCUUUGUGGUCAAUAAACAGAGCUCUUUCGUUGUGACGACCGAUGUGUCCAGUCUGAGCUCCAAUAGGCUGCAUAGCAUCCAGAAGUAUCAAACUCCUGUGGUUGGGGUGGAUUAUGUUCAUCGCUGUGUGGAGUUGGGUGUUCUGCUGCCUGUGGAGGAGUACAAGCUAAGUACUUCCUCAGCUUGCCCAACCACAUCUACAAAGAGUAUUCCACUUUCAUAUCAAGUUUUCCACCUGUCCAAAGGUCAGGCCAAGCCUGUCAGUUUACUAAAGAAAGCAGAGAUUCAGGAGGAGCGUGGAAACAUCCUGGCAAAAUUCAGAAUAUACACUGAAAAUGAUCAUGAUCUUCCAUGGUAUCCAGAUGAUUUUCAAGUGGCCAAGUACAACAUCUUUGAAAAGCUAAACAGCAGUGCUUGGUGCGUGCUGGAGCUGCAGAGCUUCAAAGGAGAGGAGAUGCAGUAUCGUGUGGUCAGAUACUGGAAGGAUAAUGUUGGAUCUGAGGAAGCAGCAGUGAGGGACAUUUUGAUGUUUUUGUCCACCUCAGAGGAUGCUCUAGAGGUUUACGAGGCACUAACCGACAACCAGAAGGCUGCAGGUUUGCAGCAAAAGAACAGCCUCCCUCAGGCUGCUUUGAAGUUGGGCUCCGCCCCCCUCCAGCAGCUGCUGCUCGAAGAGAAGCUGAACACGGCAAGUUUAUCAAAGGAAGUCGCCAUGUUUGUGGAGCUGCUUUGGGGAGAGGCCAUCGAUUGUCUUGAUGACGAUUUCACUGAAAAUUUACUGGAAAAGUUCAGCAUCAAUGAUGUGACCAGGGCUGAGGGCUUGUUGCUUCAGGCACAGAGGAAGAUGCAGGAGGCAAAUAAUGUGGAGGCGUUUUCUCUCCUCAAGGAGGUUUACAUGCUGUUACACAUUCCAGCACCCUGCCCACCCCCCAGUGCCAAGCUCAUCUCCCAGAAACUAGACCAUUGUCAGUUACUAAGAGAUGUCUGGAAUGUGGGUGAAAUCGUUUUGCAAAACGGCUCCUUUUCCACUGUGGGGAUGUACCGUGCUCUAAGGUGCGGCAUUGAAGCAGUUCCUCCUGCAGGUUCUGAGUUUCAAGCUGUGGCUGCUCUGCUACAGGACAGUAAAGUACAAAUUCGGCAGGUUCUACGUGUGAGUAGAGGAGUGGAGCUUCAGACAUUUAACAGCAAACUUGGAAAUGUGAAACCGCUUCUUCACUCAUCUACUCCAAGCAACUUAGGAAUCCUGUCUCGUGGCUUACUACUGCCCCAUGUUGGUGUGAAGCAUCAUGGGAUAGAGAGAACAGAUGUUGGGAUGCUCGGCAGUGGAAUCUACUUUAGUAAUUCAAUGAGAACCAGUUUGAAAUACUCCAAGCCCAGUGAGACAGAUGGCUCUCGGCUGCUUUUGGUGUGUGAUGUGGCUUUGGGUCAAUGCAAAAAUGUUAACAAAAAGGACCCGACACUGACCCAGGCCCCUGAGGGAUACCACAGUGUGCACGGGCGCUGUAGCACCCCCAGAAUUCACACUGAUUUUGAGGAUGAUGAGUUUGUGGUCUACAGUCCUGAUCAGGUGAAGCUAAAAUACGUUGUUCAGUUCAGCGUCGAUGGCGACGAGUUGAGGGAGUUUAACCGUAGUAUGGACACACCCGUGGAGCUGUUUGCACCUUCUUCUGGUGAAGUGCUCUCUUCUAAUGAGGAUGGUGUUGAAACCAGUAAGGACCCUCUGGAUGAUGUGGCGGCUGGACUGAUGGACAGCUCCGGACAGCAGCUCCCGUUGCAGGCUGUCAAUAAGUGUAAACUGAUGGAUAUGCUUUCUCAGGUCAUCAUCUUCCAAAAAUACACCAAUCUGAGCUCUGUUCCCAUUGAGGCAAAGUAUGUAUUCCCAUUGGAUGAUUCUGCAGCAGUGUGUGGCUUUGAAGCCUUCAUCAAUGGGAAACAUGUGGUGGGACAGGUGGAGGAGAAAGAAAAGGCCCGGAAGGAGUACAAGAAGGCUAUAGAAGGUCAUGGAGCUUACCUCAUGGACCAGGAUGCCCCUGACGUCUUCACGAUCAGUGUGGGCAACCUGCCUCCUGCUGCAACUGUCCUCAUUAAAGUCACCUUUGUGUCCGAGCUUAUCAUCAAGGAUGGGAGUGUUUUCUUCUUCCUGCCUGGGAGUGUGGCUCCAUGGCAGCAAAGCGCAGCCCUCAACCAGACCACCCAGGUCACUGUGGAAAAGGUACGUGUGACUGAUCAGGGAGAAAGUACGAGAGAAUUCACUCUGGACAUGUCCAUUGAGAUGCCCUAUGAGAUCACAAACCUGCAGUGCAUCACUCACAAAAUCAAGAUGAAGAGGACGGACUGUAAGGCGGUUGUGAGUGUGCUUCCUGGAGAGGUCUUGGGUCCAGAUGGUUUCCAGCUGUCAAUCACUCUCUCUGAGAUCCACCUACCAAGAAUGUGGGUGGAGAAUCAUCCUGACAGAGACAGCCAGGCCUGUAUGCUAGUUUUCUAUCCAGAGUUUGACAUCACUUCCAAAUCGACGUCUGAUGAAGUUGUCUUUUUAUUGGACGCUUCUGGAUCCAUGUGCAAAGAGACUCUCCGCGACGCUCGCAGAAUCGCCCUACAAGUCCUGAAGACCCUCGAUCGCAACCUCAGAGUCAAUGUUAUCAUCUUCAGCACAGAUCACACAGAAGCUUUUGUGAAAGCAGAACCGCUUGUCACAUCUUUUCAGGCAGCUGAAAACUUCAUCAAGUCGUCCCCUCUAGUACGAGCCAACACUGAGCUGUGGCGCCCCCUGCGAGCUCUCAGCCUUCUGCCGCCGUCUCGUGGCAUCCGUAACUUGUUGCUGCUGUCAGAUGGUCACAUCCAGAACGCUGAGCUCACACUCCAGCUGCUCAGAGACGGCGUCCAGCACACACGCCUCUUCACCUGCGGCCUCAGCCCAACAGCCAAUCGGCACAUGCUGAGAGCCCUUGCCCAGGGGGGCGGAGCCUAUGAAUUCUUUGACACAAAAACCAAACACAACUGGGUCGAAAAGGCAAACGUUUCUCCCUGGUUGAGCGAUCCACCAGCAGUGCAACAGGUGACUCUGGACGAACCUCGGCAGUGGGGACAGGCAGUUGCUCUGGAGGCUCACCUGAAGGAAUAUCGCCUACUUGAGUCGGAGCUACAGCUCACAUCAGGCAGUACUAAGUCCAAAACGGAUCAGAGCCACUGUGACAUCAUCAACUCUGCAGGUUUGGACUACCCCCUCUGCCAGCCCAUUAGAGGAGGAAUGGAACAGUGCCGACUUCACAGGCUGAAUGCCAUUUUGUUUCAGAGACUCCUGGCCACCACAGAUAAGAUCAAGCCAGACCCUUCAUCUUCAUUAUGCCCAUAUGUGUUUGAUGCAGCAGUUUUAGCAUUCAAUAACUCGGGCUCCCCAGAGCACGCAACCAUCCCUUGCACUCGGCUCCAUUCUCCGCUGAUAGUAAGGGUUGAAGCAGGCGUCAUCCGGUCAUCCUUUAAGGAUGUAUGCAUGGACUUGUGA